AUGCCCCCUGUCGCCUCACUCUUGCUGGCGCACCGCCCAGAGCGCCGCACUAUGCUCGUGAUAGGCGACGGAAGACUUGCACAAACACGUGUGCGUACGGCCAAAGAGGCCGGCCUGGAGACAAAGUUGGCCUGGAAUGCGCCUGUCGCGAAUAUCUCAAGCGACAUGUACCAAGUGUCGACCAUGGCCCUUUUCCCCUCCAAAGACGACAAGGAAAACUGCAUACGUGCAUGGGAACAUAUAUUAAAUGAAAUCGAUGGCCCAGACGCUUCCUUAUUCGCUGUGUGUGUCACAGAUACGCUCGUGGCUGUACCGAAUGACGCAAGCUCGCGGCGCUUGCGGUGUGAGAUUUUGGCUAAAGCUUGUCGUACGCGCCGCCUUCCCUUGAAUGUGACUGAUACGCCGGAACUUUGCACAUUCUCUUUCCCUGCAACUCACCGCUUCGCCACAGAUGACGAAGAGAACGCUUCGUCGCUUCAACUCGCUGUUACUACAAAUGGUCGGGGCUGUCGUCUAGCUGGUCGGAUACGUCGGCAUCUCGUCGCAUCGCUGCCGGCAUCUGUCGGACUCGCUGUCGAGCGCAUUGGUGAGAUGCGCGAGCUGGCAAAGGCACGCACGUCUUGUCGAGGCGAUGCGGGUGAACUGGAAGACGAACCUGCCCUGAAUGAUGCCCUAGGCUACUCUAGUACAGCGGAAGAUGAAAGUGAUGCCUGUGCUGUGCAGCGUCGGCGCAUGCGCUGGGUCGCUCAAAUCAGCGAGUACUGGCCGCUGGAACGGCUGGCAUCGCUGGAUCAAACUCAAAUGCAAGCUCUGCUUGAGAACGAAAUGGACGCAUCUUCGCGUGCACAAGAAACAUCAGCUGUCACUGAACAUGUCGAGCCUGUGGCCAAGCGGUCGCGUCACGAUUUGGACAUUUCCAAGCCACGCCGCAAAGGCCAUGUAUACCUGCUCGGCUCUGGUCCUGGCCAUCCUGCACUCCUCACAGUCGCAGCGCGAGACAUUUUGACAUCGCCCGACACAGACGUGAUCUUGUCGGACAAGCUGGUGCCGACCGCUGUGCUGGCGCUGAUCCCCUCAACGACGCCGCUCGUAAUCGCAAAAAAGUUCCCUGGCAACGCAGAAGGUGCACAGUCUGAGCUUAUUUCGCAAGCGCUCAAGGCUGCAAACGAAGGCAAAACCGUCGUCCGAUUGAAGCAAGGCGAUCCUUUCGUAUAUGGACGUGGUGGCGAAGAGCUUGUUGCAUGUCAAAAUGCAGGCAUCGAAUGCACAGUCGUGCCAGGUAUUUCCAGCGCCAUAGGAGGUCCGUUGAUGGUCAAUAUUCCUGUGACGCAACGCGGCGCUGCCGAAAGCAUGAUCAUGUCGACGGGCGUAGGACGUGGCGGAAAACGUGUGAUGCUGCCAGGAUAUGAACGUUCCCGAACUCUUCUUCUCCUAAUGGGUGUGGCACGCCUGCCCGCUGUGAUCGAGACUCUUACAUCCUGUGAAAGCCCUGGUCGCUAUGGCGAUGCAUAUCCUCCAUACACGCCCAUUGCCAUUGUCGAACGUGCUAGCUCCGAGGACCAACGCCUCAUUGCAUCCACAUUAGAUCGCAUCGUGCAUGUCAUGGACACCCAUAUCACUGAUGGUCAGCGUCCGCCGGGCAUGCUGGUAGUCGGAUGGGCUGUAUUGAGCCUUACAUCCACGCAAGUUGCUGGUGCGCAUGUCCUAGACGAUGAAGCCGACUGCUAUGCAGAACACGAACAUGACCCUGCUCGUGCUGCAAAGCAACUCGCUGAACGUGAUGCUGCACGCAUUGAUCGUUGGCUUGGCUCGCGAGGCUUCUACAUUCGUGAGGGAUUGCCACAUGGCUAUGAUCGAUUUGCGCAAGACGCGCCAGCUCUGACUCGCUCCUUAGACGAUCCUACCACGCUUCCACGGUCCUCUAGUGGCUGGGCUGCUCCUCGGUAUGGAGAAGCAAUGGAAACGCCCACGCUAGCACCCUCGUCCCAGCCAUCGUCAUGA